AUUAUUGUGGUUGACUCGACCUGCUGUUCGUAGCUAUCCUGCUGAUGAGAUUGUGAAAACCAAUGUCAGUGCGGCGGACUGAUUGUUAGCUCGUUCUGCUGCUUGUUAGCUACCGUUGAGUUACACGUACCCGGAUAAGCUUGAACACAAGCUAGCGGCUGCAGACUGUCCCGAUGGCGGCGGCUGUGAGGAGUAUCAACAAAAUGUAUGGAGUAUGCUACAAUGCUGCUCGUCAGACGACAGGACUGAAGGCAUCCAGGCUGCUUCAACACAGAGCCUUCAGAGUCUGUGGCGUGCACCGGCAGCAACCCUUUGACUCAUCACAGGAAAGACCACAAUUCCCAGGAGCCUCAGCCGAGUAUGUGGAUCAGCUUGAGUUCAUCCAGCCCAAUGUCAUCUCUGGCAUCCCGGUGUACCGGGUGAUGGACAGACAAGGCAAUAUCAUCAACCCCUCUCAGGACCCUCAGCUCUCCAAAGAGACAGUUCUGAACUUUUAUCAAAAGAUGACUCUGUUGAACACAAUGGACCGCAUUCUUUACGAGUCACAGAGACAGGGUCGCAUCUCCUUCUACAUGACCAACUAUGGUGAAGAGGGCACGCAUAUUGGUAGUGCUGCUGCUCUCGACCCAAGCGACAUAGUCUUCGGUCAAUACAGAGAAGCUGGAGUGCUGAUGUACCGCGGUUUUCCACUGGACAAGUUCAUGGCUCAGUGCUACGCCAACGCUGAUGACCUCGGCAAGGGCCGGCAGAUGCCUGUGCACUAUGGCUCCAAAGAUCUGAACUUUGUCACCAUCUCCUCUCCUCUGGCCACACAGAUUCCUCAGGCGGCCGGUGCUGCAUACGCCCUCAAGAGAGAGAACAUGAACCGAGCCGUGAUCUGUUACUUUGGCGAGGGAGCGGCCAGCGAAGGAGACGCACACGCCGGCUUCAACUUCUCUGCCACCCUGGAGUGCCCACUGAUAUUCUUCUGUCGAAACAACGGCUACGCCAUCUCCACUCCCACCAAUGAGCAGUACAGGGGAGAUGGCAUCGCCGCCCGCGGGCCGGGGUACGGCAUGCUGUCCAUCCGCGUCGAUGGCAACGAUGUGUUCGCCGUGUACAAUGCUACAAAGGAGGCCCGCCGCAGAGCCGUGGCCGAGAACCAGCCUUUCCUCAUUGAGGCGAUGACCUACAGAAUUGGCCACCACAGCACAAGUGACGACAGCUCGGCCUACCGGUCUGUGGACGAGGUGAACUACUGGGACAAGCAGGACCAUCCAAUCUCCAGGCUGAGACAUUACAUGACGGCUCGGAGCUGGUGGAGCGAGGACGACGAGAGGAGCUGGCGGAAGCAGUCUCGCAAGACGGUUAUGGAGGCAUUCGAGAAUGCAGAAAAGCGCCUCAAGCCCAAUGUGGAGCUGAUGUUUACCGACGUGUACCAGGAAAUGACACCCAAUCUGAAAAAGCAGAGGGAGUCCAUGUGGAGGCAUGUGAAGCAGUACAAAGAGCACUACCCUCUUGACCUGUAUGAGAAAUAACUUCAUUCACAGGAUGAAGAGUUGUGUUUUUGGAGGGUUGAAAAUUGGAUAAACUGUUGCACACUUUUACUGUAUUCAUAAAAAUAUAGAUUUUGAUAUGACGUGUCAUUUCUUUGAAGAGGUGGAAAGAUUGUGCUUUCAACAACUAUUGUACUACAUGCCUAUUGGUAUGGUGCCUUAAGUUAACAUAUACUGUCUGAAGUAAAGCUUCUCUAAAUGCUAUAUUGUUGUAUCAGAGGGAAUUGCUAGGUCAAUUUAUUUCAUGUGUAGCAAAAACAGCUGAUUCAGUUUCAAUACAAGAAACAAUCAAAUUCAAGCUUGGCCCCUUUUACAUGCUUUUUCCUGUAUCUGUCUGCUCCAGUGAUUAUGGUAGUUAACUUGUUUCCUUGUUCAUUCUUGAGGUCACUAAAUAACUUGUUAUAGAACUUAACUAUUUAAAAAAAACAAAUUUAAAUAUUCCCAUUCACUGUUUAGAUGGGUCUGUACACAUGUGACAUCUUUGGUAUUUUGUGAAGAAUAAACAACCUUCAGAACGUU